CUCUCCGGGCCCGGCCGCCUCACAGAAAGUUUUUCUCGUCGGAGGGGCCGAGCCGCCGGGAGCCUUUCCGGAGGGAAGCGCCGCGCCGGCCCGGGGAGCGCAUGGUGCCCGGCGCCCCUGCCGCCAGCCAGGAGGACAUCGGGGCGGGGUCGGGCUGAGCCUCGCUGCUGCUUCCGCUGCCCGGCCAGAAAUCGCCGUCCCGGACUGCCGCGGGGGUCCCCGCUCCUCAGCCCGCCAUGUCCCGGCUGCUGCCGCUGCUGAGGAGCCGGACCGCGCGCAGCCUGAGGCCGGGCCCGGCCGCCGCCGCCGCCGCCGCCGCCGCCGCGCCCCGCCCGCCCUCCUGGUGCUGCUGCGGGCGGGGGCUGCUGGCGCUCGCGGCCCCCGGCGGCUCCCGGGCGCUGGGCACCCACCCCAAGAAGGAGCCCAUGGAGGCGCUGAACACGGCGCAGGGCGCGCGCGACUUCAUCUACAGCCUGCACUCCACCGAGAGGAGCUGCCUGCUCAAGGAGCUGCACCGCUUCGAGUCCAUUGCCAUCGCCCAAGAAAAAUUGGAAGCUCCACCACCCACCCCAGGACAGCUGAGAUAUGUAUUCAUCCACAAUGCGAUACCUUUCAUAGGGUUUGGCUUUUUGGAUAAUGCAAUUAUGAUUGUUGCAGGAACCCAUAUUGAGAUGUCUAUUGGAAUUAUUUUGGGAAUUUCAACUAUGGCAGCUGCUGCUUUGGGAAAUCUUGUGUCAGAUUUAGCUGGACUUGGACUUGCAGGCUAUGUUGAAGCUUUGGCUUCCAGAUUAGGUCUGUCAAUUCCUGAUCUUACACCAAAACAAGUGGACAUGUGGCAAACACGUGUUAGUACACAUUUUGGCAAAGCUGUUGGGGUGACUAUUGGCUGCAUUCUAGGAAUGUUUCCUUUGCUUUUCUUUGGAGGAGGUGAAGAAGAUGAAAAACUGGAAACGAAAAAUUAACCCUCUUAGAAUAUUUAUAAAAAGAUGUAAACUGAUGUACCUCAAUUACUAAAUAUGCUGUCACAACAUUUAGGAAUUAAGACAAUAACAGUGUAUAGAUAUGGGAUCAAAUAAUUCAGCAUGUAUUAUGGAAAACACUAACUUAUUGUGGCUUGGUUUUCUUAGGACAUCUUUUUAACAAAAUGUUUAGUAUCCAUUUUGUGUAAAUUGUUGAAAUGCUUUUUCACCAAUUGUAGUCAACAUUUUACCUUUUUCUUUAUAUCAAAAUAUCAUUUAAGUAUCAGCCAUUGAUGUACUGAGUUGGGUUUUGCAUACUUGUUACUUCAUGCGUAUGCAUGCAUGAAAGGAUCUUCUGUUGUCACUAUUCUCUAAUUACAACUCAGCUUUGAAAUUUUUGCCACAUUACUUAAGAUGUUUCAUAUAAGUUAAAGUUUUUUUUUUUUACUCUAUUUGGCAACAUCAAUUUUGUACUAUUUUACACUGAACAUAUACAAUCAUAUAAUUUCAGUCAUUUUAAAAUUCUUAUUCUAUUCAAAAUAGACACACACUUUAUGUAUUUUAAGUAUCUAUUACUCAUUUGAAUUUUCUGACCUCACUGUCUCAAGAGCCAGAGGUUAAUCAGAAGUAAGUAUUAUGUGGUGUCCCUACUACAUAAAACCGUGUAUGUUAGUAAGUGUAUUAUUUUCAUUGAUUUUUUUAAAUCUCCAAUUUCUCAAUUUUGAAUCAUUACAUCAUAGCUUCUGCUCCUGAGGGGAAGAAAAUGAUUAUCUUAGGGUCUUUUAUAAAUGAGGAUUGUGGAGUUAGAGUAAAAUAAGGGGUUUGACCUGACAGUUGGAAAUUAAGAGGCUAAAAAUUUUUUUAGAGAAAAAGAAAAUGGGAACUGUCAAGAAGGUUUAUGAUAUAAGUGGUGAAGUUGAAGUGACAUUUGGAAGGUUAAUGAGAUAUAGAUUCUAUUGUUUAGGAUGGAUUUCUUUUUCCCCAUUCUCAUCUCAGAUGAGGUGAGCGUCGUCUCAUCUGAAUUGACUGAAUCGGAGUACUCCAUACUCAUAAUCCUUAUGUCUCAUCUCGUUUAGUGAGUUUUAUUUAUGGAUAACUUACUCUGAGGUGAAGACUAAAUAUUUUAGAUAUUGCUUUUUUGCUAUGAAUAGUCUAGUAGUCAAAAGCUAUGUAAGGAGAAAUCUUUUUUGUUCUUUUCUUGUGAUGUUUAAAUAAUAUUCUAGGUUGAAAUUAUUUAUUUUCAGCCUUGCAUAUUUGACAUGUAUAGUACAACUAUAUAUGAGUCAUAAAUUUUAAUUUUAUGAGCCCUUAAAAUUUGUUAGCAUGUGGCCUGUUAUAUAUGCUAAAAAAUUACUCUUACUUGUAAGAGUAAACACAUCAUGGAGGAGAAAAACUGAAAAUUACUGUUUGGGCCACUGAAAUUAUUUAUGUUGCUUGAUAGAUGCAAAAGAAGGGAAACUUCUAAGAUGGCUGUAUUUACAGUUACUUAAAAUUUUAUUUGCACAUAUUUACUUUGACCUCUUAUUUUCAGAGGGGCUGUUUUUUCCCACAAUGCAAUUUGUUGUAAAUUAUCCUCUCUACACUUAAAAAUAAUUUAGGGCCAUCCUUUAAUCAUAGAUUUUUGAAGGAAAAGAAGAAAAUAAAUCAUAUAAUAUAAAAAUAAGUAUAUAACAUUCUUAUUAUGUACAAAUAAUACAGCACUCUCAUUUGAUCAAAUUAGGAUUAUGGAACUUGACUUCUUAAACAGAAUUGUGGUUUUUAUCUUCCACAUAGUACCAUGUAUACACCAAAAAGAAUUUUUUAAUUAUUUUAGCUGGUAGGAAUAGAGUGCUUAUUUAAACAGGGUUUGGUUUUUUUUUUGGGGGGGGGGUGGUAAAUGUCUAAGUGCAUUUGUUCCUAACUUGUAUAUUGCCAGUCUUUUUUGUUUUCUAAAAAGUAUUUUAUUGUGGUGCUUAAAUUUUCUUCUUGUUAAUUAAAUCCCAUAUCCAGAAACCUUGCCUGUGAGCUUAGAAAGGGCUUUACACGUUUUCACGUUUUGCUCUUGAAAGUAAUUCAGUCCUACAGAACCCUUCAGUUUAGCUGAAUGUCUGCAGAAUUAUUUAAGGUGUCAAAACAUGGCAUAUAUAACCUUCAGGUUGAAAGAUAUAUAAAUUUGGGGGCAUAAUAAAAAUUUGAAUCAUUCAGAUAUUUAAUUUUUAAGAAAUGGAGCCCUUUUGUCUUUAACAUAAGGUACACAUCUUUUCAAGAUCUUAUCCUAUGUGAGUAUUGGUGCUUUGCACAAAGUGAUUUCUGAAAAGUGGUUCCCUUUAAGAUAAUGACUUCAUAAAAUCAUUGUUUCAUGGCACCUGUCACAAAUAACCUUAUUUAAGAUUAAAACUGGAAUCUUUUUUCUCGUAUUUCUUUAUUGGAGGCACCAUAACUAUAGUUAAAUACAACAUGAGCUAUUUAGUACUGUUCAUUUGAAAUUCAUGUUGUCUGUGUAUUAUGAUUUAUUGACUUGUUGAUGCAUGUAAAUUGGGUGCAUUUUGUUGCCACUGUAUGUUAAAUGGUGACCAAUGUUUUUACAAAGGAAUUGAACAAAAAAAAAAUAUCUUUUAAGAAAUUUGGAA